CCUCUUUCCUUUUGACAAUUAACAUUUAAAAUAUAAAAUUCUCAUAAGAAAAGUUUUUUCAUUUCAGAUCAGGAGUGCUCUGUGAUUAGAAAAUUGUGCCAGAAGGGGCACCUGGGUGGCUCAGUCAGUUAACCAUCCAACUCUUGAUUUCAGCUCAGGUCAUGAUUUCGGGGUCACAAGACUAAGUCCCACGAUGAGUACCACAGGGCUCCUCAUGAGUGUGGAGCCUGUCUAAGAUUGUCUCUUUCCCUCACCCCCUGCCCUCACCCUGCCUCUAAAUAUAUACAUAGGGGGAAUAAGAAAAAGAAAUUAUAUUAAGAAAAUAUUAUCCAGGAGUUAAAGACCUUUGUAUAUUUUUCUUGGCUUUUGAUUAUAUAGAUUUAUAAAAUAUACAUAAAAAUAGUAUAAUGAAUCUCUUUUCCCAUCAGGCAGCCUCUCCAAGUUCUCAGCUCUUGGCCAAUUUGUUUGAUCUGUAUUUCUACCCACUUUUACCUCUUCUAUUAUUUUUUUUGAAGAUUUUAUUUUAUUUAUAUGACAGAGAGAUAGUGAGAGCAGGAACAUAAGAAUGGGCAGUGGGAAAGGGAAAAGCAAGCUUCCCAGUAAGCAGGGCAAUGUGGGGCUCGAUCCCAGGACCCCAGAAUCAUGACCUGAGCCAGAGGCAGACACUUAACAACUGAGCCACCCAGGCGCCUGAUUAUUUUUUGAAUAUAUGAUUUUAAAAACCACCUAACACUGGGGCAUCUCGGUGGCUUAGUCGGUUAAGUAUCCACCUUCAGCUCAGGUCAUGAUCCCAGCAUCCCGGGAUCGAGUCCUGCAUGGGGCUCCUAGCCUAGCAAAGAGUCUGCUUCUCCCUCUGCCUGCUGCUCCCCCUGCUUGUGCUCCCUCUCUCUGACAAAUAAGUAAAUAAAUCUUAAAAAAAAAAAGUGGGGAUCCAAGGGGAACCUGGCUACUCAAUCGGAAAAGCAUGUAACUCUUGAUCUCAGGGUUGUGACUUUGAACCCCACGUUGAGUGUAGAGAUUACUUAAAAUCAAAUUGAUAUUGAAGCCCACCAAUUUAUGUUUCCAGAGUUAGGACAAAACAAAUAUCUCAUUAAAGCACUAAAACUGGAUAAUAUAUAGAGAGAUUGCCUCAACAUGAUAACUUUAGAUUUUCACCAGUAUCAAUGUUUGCCCCAAGACUACAAAAGACUACAAACAGGGAUGCCUGGGUGGCUCAGUUGGUUAAGCAGCUGCCUUCACUCAGGUCAUGAUCCCAGCGUCCUGGGAUCGAGUCCCACAUCGGGCUCCUUGCUCCGCGGGGAACCUGCUUCUCCCUCUGACUCUGCCUGCUAUUCUGUCUGCCUGUGCUCGCUCUCCCUCUCUCUCUCUCUCUGACAAAUAAAUUAAAAAAUAAAUAAAUAAAUCUUUAAAAAAAAAAAAAAAAGACUGCAAACAACCUAGAUGGUAAACACGUUUUAGAGAAAAAUUCUUAAAUCAAAAAACUGUAUGUUAUCAGCUAUAUCUUAUUAAAACUCAAUUCUGACAUUUUAAAUUUUUUAUUCAAGUAUAAUUAAUGUACAGUGUUAUAUGAGUUUCAGGUGUACAAUGUAAUGAUUCAACAAUUCUAUAUAUUAUUCAAUGCUCAUCAUGGUAAGUGUGCUCUUAAACCACUUCUACUCCACCCACACCCCUUUUCCCCUCUAGCAACCACCAGAUUGUUUUCUAUGUAGUUUGAAUGUUUUAUUUUAUUUUUUAAGAUUAUAUUUUUAAGUAAUCUCUACACCCAACGUGGGACCAGAACUCACAACCCCAAGAACAAGAGUCACACACUCUGCUGACUGAGCCCAUAUAGUUUGAACAUUUUAGUAUCAGUGAGAUAACUGGCAAAAUUUGAAUAAGUUUCCCAGUUUUAAUCAUUGUACUAUGGUUUAUGUAAGAUAAUAACAUUUGGAGAAACUGGUUGAAGGUUAUACUUGUACUAUGUUUACUGCAAUUAUGUAAAUCUGAAAUUAUUUCAAAAUGAGUGCUGGUUUCUCUAUAAGUAAUUGACAUCUGAGUAAAACUUGGAUUUUCUCUUUUAAAAUUUCAAGCUUGAUGGGUUAGAGAUCAAGAAAUGUACACUGUGAGAAGGUCAGGCUAAAAGGAUGAUGGUCUUGGUCAUUCUACAUUCGAGUAAGCAUCAGGGAGCUUGCUGAGCUCUUCCUGCCCAGAGACCCAGCCACCUUUCUGAUGUGUAAAGGAGGGCCAAGUGCCAAUAACAAACAGAGACACCCACAAAGUCCUUAAUCUUUGACUUUUUAUAUAAAAUAGAAUUUUUUCAGGGUGCCUAGCAUCUGCCUUCAGCUCAGGUCAGGAUCUCCGGGUCUUGGGAUUGAGCCCCAGUGUGGAGCUCCCUGCUCAGUGGAGAGUCUGCUUCUCCCUCUCCCUCUGCCCCUUCUUCCUCAUGCCCACUCCCCUCAAAUAAAGAAAUAAAAUCCUUUAAACAAACAAACAAAAAUGGAAUUUGCAUCUGCAAAAAGACAAACUAGGGUGCCUGGGUGGCUCAGUCAUUAAGCAUCUGCCUUUGGCUCAGCAUGAUCCCAGGAUCCCAGGAAUUGAGUCCCACAUCAGGCUCCCUGCUCCACAUGGGGUCUGCUUUUCUCUCUGCUCCUCCUCCUACUUGUUCUCUCUCUCUCUCUUUCUCUCUCUCUCAUUCUCUCUCAAAUAAUAAAUAAAAUCUUUUUAAAAAAAAUGAACUAAAUAUGAAACUUAGAGCCACCCAGAACACAGGACAAAGAGGAUUUAGAGUCACUUGUCAUUAGCAUAAAGGAAAAUAUACAAGUUAAAUAAACUUUACUUGUUUUCUUAAUAAUUGCACAUUAUUAUAUUUUUUAAAAAGAUUUUAUUUAUUUAUUUAUUUGACAGAGAUCACAAGCAGGCAGAGAGACAGGCAGAGAGAGAGGAGGAAGCAGGCUCCCUGCUGAGCAGAGAGCCCGAUGCGGGGCUCGAUCCAGGACCCUGGGAUCAUGACCUGAGCCGAAGGCAGCGGCUUAACCCACUGAGCCACCCAGGCGCCCCAACACAUUAUUACAUUUUUAUGAAUUUCUUCUCCAUGCUUUCUUCCUCUGUGUCUGCAUGAGCUUAUCACAAGGUCUCCUUAUGUUUGAUAAAUUUGAGCUAAUCUGACCCUUUCUUGUGCAAUUAAUACCAUCUUUGAGCCUGAUAUUUAAAACUAUGAGUAGCUAUUAAUUUCAUAGUAGUUAUUGUCCUAACUAAGGAAGCACAAGUCUUAUCUUAAAGAUAAAGCCCUAGGUGGUAGAGCCAGGUACAAAAGAAAACUGAGCUAAGUUGAUAUAACAUAAGGCAAAUAGAUGGUCUAAGAAAAAUUCUAAGCGACCAUUUCACUUAAAUGGUGCCCAAGAUGCAAUUUUGGUCAACCAGAUGGUUUUCUAUCAUAUAGACACUACCUUAAUGUAAGUUCCUUUUCUAGCUUUCUAGUCAUGCCAAUAUGUUGAGGACAAGAUGAGCUUUAUGGAAAUGAAAUCUGUGGAGCUGCUGGAGGCCCUGUGCUCGGGAGGGCCCCACAAUUGCUUUCAUACUCUGCUGUCACCAUCUUGAAAUUCAUAGUAAUUUUAAAACAGGAGAUCCCCCGUUUUCAUUUCGUGCAGGGCCCUGCAAUUUGUGGGUCCGCUCGUGGCUGAAGGCCCCUCCAACUACCAACCAGCUGUCAUCCAGGACAAGAUUUUAUGGACAUCAUGGCUUUCAGUGGCUAAAGCCCAGCCCUAGCCCCUGUCCCAACAAAUUGAAAAACUGAAUGCCAGGAAAAUCCACCCUUCAGUUAAAAGAUGUGUUGGAAAACAAGUUGCUCUUCGAAAUGACCUAAAGAGGAAUCUGAGGGAGACAAGGUAGACCAGACACCUGGAGGCUCCUGGAAUCUUGGAAUUCUGGUGCAUUGGAGUGGAAAAGUUGAAUUCGUCAGAAUUUCCUUCGGGGAGGGUGCUGUAUUUGUACAGAAGACAAGCCUGUGGAACCUGUGUAUGUUGGAAGCUCAGAAAUGGAGAGCGUCUGCAUGUGGGUAAAAUGCCCUGUGUAGGACAGGGAGGUGGGUCUUGUGGUAGAUUCAGAAAAGGAAGAGAAGGAGACAGAGAGGGGGUAGAUGGAGGAUAACAAAAGCCCGUGAGGUGACAUCUCUUUAAGACUACCACCACCACUCCUCAGGCAGAUCUACUGGAAAAAAUCAUGAAAGGCUUGAGGUGAGUGAGUUGAACGUGGUGAAGGGACAGAUCUCCCAUCCAGGAUCUCGUGGGGGCUGAUCGGAGAUGCGCCUGAAGGGAAUGGAAUGCCGAAGACAGAGGAAAGCAUGAGGAGUUGAGAGGACAUCGGACCCUCGCAGACGGUGAUAUUGGGGUUUGGACCAAGCUUAGCCAACUCUUUGAGGGGCCAGGGGCCCAAAUGACAUAUAGACAACUAACCUUGGCCGAACAUAAUGGGUUGCUAAGGCUGUCACGAAGCAAAGCAGCAAAUCACAGGUGCUUGGGCUGUCUUUGGACUCUCUGCAGCUUGGACCAGUUCAGUAGCUCAUGGCUCCGUCUGCUGAGGACACAACUUAUCGAGGCUGCUCUGAAUGAAAGUGAAACCCCCAGUUUGAUCUCAGACGAAACCAUCAUUUUAGAACCAGGUGGUGGUUAUAAAGGCACAAAAGCUCUUCCAAAGUCGCAGUCUGCAGCCUUCGUUUUCACCCACAAAAGGCAGGGACCAGCAGAGGGGGCCGAGAUGCCCUGGGUUUGGAGCACAGCCUGGAAGGGCAGCCUAGGUCAUUCUGUGUCAUUUUCCACAAUGGGUUACUUCCUUACAAGAACAGUCAAAGAAAGAGCUUGGGGAACAACAGAAGCCAGGUGCUGCUUUACAAAUAAAAUUCUUCCCCUGAAAAAUGGUGUUGGGCAUGUUACCCGAAACUGCAUUCCUCUCCUGCAGUCAAGGCAAAAGUCACAAGCAAGCCGAAGAACAGGAAAGGGAAGGGUAUACUUGCAACAUGCAAAGGCAGACACUGGGUAUUUCCCUAAACAGCGUCUCCUUGGACAACAAAACUGGUUAAGUGUGGAGCUAAGGCCUCCUUCUAGCUACCGUGUGGACAGUGGAUCAUGGGGGCGAAAGUGGAACCAGGAGAAUCAUUGCCAUUUCCAGCAUUUAGACACUGCUCUUAAUCUUGUGUCCCUCAGCCAUGACUUCAUGCAUGACUCAGCAUGAAGAUUUUCCUGUUUUCGAGAUUAUCAGCAACUACACUGGAUGUGGACAUUUCCUACCAAACAGCUCUCUUUGGGAUUAAGAGACGACUUUCAUUUCAGGAUUCUCGAUAACGAACAUGAGUGAACGUACAGCAGAUGAAUCUUGGCAUGGCCGAGAACCAGCCCUCGCUGGCUCUGAAGUGCUCCCCUCUGUGCAGAGACAAAGUGGACCUCGGCCAGACUCACCAGCAUGAACUGAACCCCACUGUUCACAGCAGUUUGUAGCACAAGCCUCACUGAGUCUGCUUGAGUUGGCAACAUUAAAAGAAACUCGGCCCUUGUUAAUUAUGAGGGCUAAAUGCCCCAUCCUGUUUUUUCCAGACUCCACUUUGAAAAAAAGGGAAUAUUUCUAAUUCUCAAGGAGUUAAUGAAACACACCUCUCAAAGAGAAUGAAUAUGAAAGCUUUUGGAUUUGCACGCUGCCAAUCACAUCUGAAAUGUAAGCGUCAGGAAAGGGCCUUUCCUAUACCCGGCUAAUUAAUAAGAAAUUGUUUUAUUCUUCUCUUUAUAAAGGUUACAUUUCCCGGGGCGCCUGGGUGGCUCCGUCAUUGAGUGUCUGCCUUCAGCUCAGAUCAUGAUCCCAGAGUCCUGGGAUCGAGUCCUGCCUCAGGUUCCCUGCUCUGUAGGAAGCCUGCUUCUCCCUCUCCCGCUCCCUCUGCUGUGCCUCUCUCGCUAUGUCUAUCUCUGUCAAAUAAAUAAAUAAAAUCUUUUGAAAAAUCAAAACAUUUUUUUAAAUUUUAAAAAGAUUCGAUUUCCCAGUAUCCUCUAGAAGGCACAGGAAUUUUUGUCACCAUGAAUUAUUUUUUAUAAAAUUAUUUCCUGUUUACCAGUUCCUUAGGAACUCUGUGGCAUAAUCACAUUGACAAGCCAAACAAAUGUACUUACUGAAGGGACUUUCAUGUCAGACUGCUUGGGUUUGAAUCCCAGCUCUGUGUCUUUCUUAAUUGUGUGACCUUAGGCAGGACACUUAAUCUCUCUGAGUUCAGAUUUUCUCCUCUAAAAACUGGAGAUAGUAAUGGGAAUAUAUCAUAGGUUUGUAAUGAGGACAAAACUGAGUUAAUCGCUCUAAUGGAUUUUGAACACUAAUAAUAGUGCUAUCAAGAAUUAACAGUUGUCGGGGUGCCUGGGUGGCUCAGUGGUUUGGGCUGCUGCCUUCGGCUCAGGUCAUGAUCUCAGAGUCCUGGGAUCGAGCCCCGCAUCGGGCUCCUUGCUCCGCAGGAAGCCUGCUUCCCUCUCUCUCUCUCUCUCUGCCUGCCUCUCUGCCUACUUGUGAUCUCUGUCUGUCAAAUAAAUAAAUAAAAUCUUUAAAAAAAAAAAAAAGAAUUAACAGUUGUCAAGUAUUAUAUAUAUCACAUUUCAACUAUUAUAUAUAUCAAAUAUUUAUAUCAAGUAUUGCUACUACAGUUAGCAAUAACAAUAUCAAAUAUUGUUAUUCACUGCCUUCAAAGUUUUAAAAUAUUUUUAAGGCUAUAAUUUUUUCUUUUUGAGUUUAAUUUUUUAAGUACAUAAUUCAGUGGUUUUCGGUAUAUUCACCAAGCCAUACAACCAUCACCAUGAUGUAAUUCCAGAACAUUUUCAUCACUGCACAGAGAGAUUUCUACAUGUUACCAGCCACUCCCCACCCUCUGUAGUCACUCAUUUACCUUUGGUCUCUAUGGACUUGCCUGUUAUGGACAUUCUGUAUAAAUGGAAUCAUAGAAUGCAUGGCCCUAAUGUGUCCAAUUCUUUCACUUAUUACCAUAGUAUUUUCAAGGUUCAUCCAUGUUGUAACAUGUAUCAUCAAUACUUCAUUUCUUUUUAUGGCCAAAUAAUACUCCAUUGUAUGGACAUACCACAUUUUGUUUAUCCAUUCGUCAGUUGAUAGAUAUUUACAUUGUUUCCACUUUGGGGCUAUUAUGAAUAAUGCUGUUAUGGAUAUUCAUAUACAAGUUUUUGUGUGGAAUUAAGUUUUCAGUUCUCUUGGAUAAAUACUUAGGAGUAGAAUUGCUAUGUCAUGUGAUAACUUUAUUUUUAACUUUUUUGAGGAGCCUCCGAACUGUUUUCCAUGAUGAUCACACCGUCCUAUAGUCCCACUAGCAAUAUAUGAGGUUUCCAAUUUCUCCACAUUCUCAUCAACACUCAUUAUUGUUUGUCUUUUUGAUUAUAGUCAUCCUAGUAGGUAUGAAAUGGUAUCUCACUGUGGUUUUGAUUUGCAAUUUUGUUAAUGACCAAUGGCAUCAAGCAUCUUUUCAUAUGCUUAUUAGCCAUUUGUAUGUAUUUUGUGAAAUGUUUAUUCAAGUCCUUUGCCGGUUUUAAAAUUGGGGUGUAAAUAUUCUUUAUACAUCCUGGUUAUAAGUCUGUAAUCAAGUAUAUGACUUGCAUAUAUUUUUUCCCAUUCUAUGAACUGUUGUUUCACUUUCUUGAUGGUGUCCUUGAAAGCACAGACGUCUUUAUUGUUGAGGAAGCCCAUUUAAAAUUUUUUCAUUUUGUCUUUUAUCAUUUAUGCUUUUUAUAUCAUGCCCAGAAACAUUGCCUCAUCCAAAGCCACAAAAAUUUAUGCCUAGGUUUUCUUCUAAGUCUUUUAUUUAUAGUUUUAGCUUUUACAUUUAGGUAUGUGAUCCAUUUUAAGUUAAUUUUUGUGUAUGAUAUGAGACAGAGAUCCAAAUUCAUUCUUUGGCAUUCUGGAUAGUAUGUCUAUCCAUCUACCAGUACUACACUGUCUUGAUUACCAUAACUUUAGAGUAAGUUUGAAAUUGGGAAGUGUGAA